UGGGUGAAAUUUGGGGUCUAAUUGGUUCAAAGCUUGCAAGCAUUUUGUUCAUGUGGGCUAUGAUUCAAAGGUAUUGUCCUCAUCAAGUUCAUUCUCUCAUAGAAAAAUUCUCACAAAAAUUAGCCAACUUUUUUUACCCUUAUGUUGAGGUUAAAUUCUUUGAGUACAUUGGUGAUUACUAUAGAACCAAUGAAGCUUUUACUUUCAUUGAACACUACUUACAUUCCAAACCAACCAACCAAGCUAAGAAACUCCGAGGUGAAUCUCUGAGAAAGUCUCUAGUUCUCAAAAUGGAUGAAAGACAAGAGUUCCAUGAUGAGUUUGAAGGGAUUAACGUUGUUUGGAGCUUAAGAAAGAUUGUUCCAAGCACUAAAUCUGUUUCAUUCUAUCCAGCUGAUGACAAAAGGUAUUACCUUCUAACCUUUCAUCGCGGAAACCGCGAUUUUGUCGUGGGAACUUACCUUAACCAUGUUCUUGAACAUGGUGAGGACAUUGGUUUGAGUAAGAGACAGAGAAGGCUUUACACAAAUUGCACUAGUGGUGAUUCUGAUAUGAGAGGUAAGUGGAGUCAUGUGAUUUUCGAUCAUCCAUCGUCUUUCGAAACGAUUGCGAUGGAUGGUAAGAAAAAGAAAGAGAUUGUUGAUGAUCUUGUUACUUUCAGUAAGGGUAAGGACUAUUAUGCAAGAAUUGGUAAGCCUUGGAAGAGAGGCUAUUUGCUAUAUGGUCCUCCGGGAACUGGAAAAUCAUCACUAGUUGCUGCUAUUGCUAAUUUCUUGAAGUAUGAUAUAUAUGAUAUUGAGUUAACUAAUGUGAAAACAAAUGCUGAGUUAAGGAAGCUUUUGAUCGGAAUCACGAGUAAGUCCGUUGUUGUUAUCGAAGAUAUCGAUUGUUCGCUCGAUCUAACCGGUCAGAGGAAGACAGAUUCGGAGAAUGAAAAUGAAGAAGAUGAGAAGAAUGAGAAAAAUGAGGUGAAUCAAGUUGUUGCUGCUUCUAUGAGUCAAUUAAAAGAUGAAGCAAAUAAGAAUAAAAGGAGUAGUCAGGUAACACUUUCUGGAUUGUUGAAUUUCAUUGAUGGGAUUUGGUCUGCUAGUACUGGUGAAAGAUUGAUUAUAUUUACUACUAACUAUGUUGAGAAACUCGAUAAAGCGUUGAUUCGUCGAGGACGAAUGGAUAUGCAUAUUGAGUUAUCUUAUUGUUGUUUUGAGGGAUUCAAAAUGUUGGCAAUGAAUUAUAUGAGUGUUGAAACACAUCCUUUGUUCGAGACGGUUCGAGGUUUGUUGGAAGAGAGUAAUAUCUCACCUGCUGAUGUUGCUGAAAACUUGAUGCCUAAGGUAGCUAAUGAAGAAGUUGAAACAUCAUUGGAGAGGUUGAUUCAAGCACUAAGAAGCUCUAAGGAAGAAGCAAAGAAGAAGGCUGAGAAAGCAGAAGAAAGCACUGGUGAAGGAGAGGAUUCUGCACAAGACAAGAAAAGCUUGCUUGAAGAUGAAGAAGAGAUUGAUAAUGGAAAAUCCUAAGCAAUAUUUGAGAUUAUUAAGUACGAAUAUAUAUUUCUAAGUUUACAUUAGAGUCUUAUUUUACAUUAGUAUAGUUAGAUUAAUAUUAUGCUUCCGACUAAUCCAAAUUUGUACUUAAUAUGAAACAAUGUUAUGGUUAUGCUGAAUUACAAACUCAAUUUGUAGUUUUGGCAUAAUAACAAAGUGCAAAGUAGGUUGAAUGUUUAGUGUUAUUAUGACUAUGGUUCACUACUAGAAAAUAUCAAAUUAACUACCAUAUAUUUGCUACAGAUUGUUUUAGCGGUUAAUUUGAAGUUAUAAAAGUGAGUUUUUACGGAAUUGUUAAUUUUUUUUUACAUAUUACUGAGACUAAUUAUAUAUGUUAUUAUAUUAUAUUAUUACAUGUAGAAACUUAAAAAUAUACUUUUUUUUUUUUUUUAAAUAACAAAAAAAAACAUGUUCCCUUUCUCAUUCUCUCUUUCUCCUCUUUCUCUCUCUACACUCGUUUUUCGGUUUGAGAAACCAUUGCAACAGAACUCCUCGAUCUCUCAUUCAAAAUCAAGAUCGUUUCGUUGACUCGCGAGUCUGAUGCAAACUUUCAAGAUCGGUGAAACUUUAGCUUCGUUUUCUUCAGAUCUAGUUGAUUCUCUACCUCAUGCUUUCAAUUCGAAGCUCAAAUCACUCUAUUCGAUUCCUCUCCAUGUUAAUUUUUUACUUUGUUGAUUUUAUUGCUUUAGAUUUGUUAGGUUUUGAGAUCUGAGUUUUUUAUUUGGUGUUUUUGUUUACAGAUCUGAGUUUAUUGGUUUUCAAUUUUCUUGAGAUGUCGAAGUUGAAGACUGCAUCAUAUUGGAAAUUGGUCUCGGCUUCUAGUUCUUGUAUGAAUUCAGGAUUCCGAGCCUGAUGCCGAUGCCGAUUACUUUGUUUUAUAUAUCUAAUUUUUAAAUUUAACAGAUAUUGAAAGGUGUUGAACAUGAGUUUGUUUUCAAAUGAAGAUAAUGGAAAAGCAUGGGAUCAUAGUGUCAUGUAGAAAAAUUAUCAAGUUUUAUAAUCGCUUAUUCUAUAAGUUGUAAAUUAACUGUUUAUCCAAACAAGACUUAUGAAAUAAGUAAUUAUGUGAUAAUGUUUGGUUAUGCUUAAUUAAGUUGUUUAUCUAAACAUGGUCUAAUUGCUAGAUUACGGGUUUGUACAGUGAGUCACUUUACGUUGUAUGGAUUAUUGAUGAGUAAUAAGUCAGAUUUCCAUGUGGCAAUGGCGCCUCAAAGAGCCAGAACCUUCUAUGCCUCUUUAUUGGACAGGUUUAGGAAUGCUUAUAACUCUGAUUCAAUCAAGACAGUUUUAUAAUGCCAACAAAUCACAACCAACCUAUGUGUGAUUUUAGAAGUAGUUUGUGAAAUUGAGACUUUGACUUCUCAUUAAGUAACUAGUCGCGUGCAAUAAAGAGAGUUACGAAGAAAUGAUAAAGAUAAAUGAAAAUGAGAGAUAUAAUCAAGUGAGAUAUAGGAGUUUUAAAAUGCUAAUCACCUGAGGUGGAGAAUCUCUUACUUGAAGUUCUUUUAGAAAAUCUCAUUGCUUGCAUAUCCAUACGUGUUAAUGAGAUUAGCAUAGGAAUUAUCGGAAACCUUACCUGCCACGAAGUUCCAAUGAAGCGUAAAUAAGGAUAUGUGACAACGGCCAAAGGAAAUGAGCUUGUGGAUUACUUUUUGAAGCGCGAGCUACUAAUGGGAAUGGGAAUAUAUGUGAAGGAUAUGUUUUGUUUUAUAGGGUACUAAAAUUAGCGAUACAUUUAAUAGAAAGUGAUAAAUUAUUUGAAAGAGUAUUUUUCAAUAGUAAAUAUUUCCCAUACUUCUUCUAUACAUAGUUAUCUUUUCCUCUUUUAGAUAGUAUUUGACUUUAUUUAUAAAAGUUUUUUUGUUGUACUUUUGUGGUGGCUCCUCGUUGUCUAAU